UCUCGGACAAGUCCAUAGUUACUUUUUUUUUUUCCAACUUUCUACUAUCAGACAUUCAGACUAUCUUCUCUGAAAUUUCUGAAAAGUUGUCUUUCUUCGUUUCUUACAUAAGCUUAUCUAAUCAUCUUUGAUACUUGACCAAAAUCAAAUAUCAAUCAUAGUAUAGUUCGUGUUACAGCGUAAUCAUGGCGAUGAUAGGUACCAAUCUGCAAGCAAAUAGUAGCAUCAAUUUCAAAGGCAUGGAACCUAAAUUAUAUCUUGCAGCACUGAAGGGCUCCUUUGAUGAAAUAACUUCCAUAUCUAAUUGGAAGGAACAAUCAACCCCCAUUGGAAACAAUAUCCUCCAUAUUCACACCGAGAAACCGCUCCAAAAGGCCUCCAAGGAUUGCAAAAAGAAGAUUAACAUCAAGUUCAUCCAAGAGGUUCUCAACGAUAACGAAGACUUUUCUAUAGCAGGAUAUUCGUUAUUGUGGAAGGAGAACAACAACGGAGAUACCCCUCUGCACCUGGCUGCUAGAUUCGGGCAGGAUGAGGCAGUUCAAGUGUUCCUCGAACGAGCUAACAACGUGAGUCAAGAAGAGCUGAUACGGAUGCUAAGGAUGAUCAACAAGAAUAAGGAUACCGCCUUGCACGAAGCAGCUCGGAGGGGGUCUGAAGCUGUGGUGAAGCUGCUAGUGAAGGCAGAUACUAGUUGCCUACAUGAAUCUAACGAGGUGGGCGAGACACCUCUCUAUCUGGCUGCUGAAAGAGGAUCUACUGCUUCAGUUGCUAUGAUUCUAGAGACCUGUGACCCAACAGCUUUGGGUUAUGCUCAUAAAGGUCCUUGUGGUCGAACCCCUCUUCACGCUGCUGUCCAAUGGGGUAACUCAGAAAUGGUGCGAAACAUGCUGGAGAAAGAUACCUCGUUAAUCAGAAUUCAAGACGAUGAAGGGUUAACUCCACUGCAUUGUGCUGCAGCAGAGAUCAGCAAGUUUAAGCUUCUUAAGAUGCUUUUACAUUAUGACGACAAAGACAUCAAUGAAUCAUCAGCACUAUAUAUACAAGACAAUAAGGGGAGAACAGCUCUGCAUAUCGCAGUACUUCGGGCUAACUGGGAUGCCAUUAAGAAACUCACAGCACGCCGCCCAGACUGCACCGAGAUAGUCGACCAUCAUGGGCAAAAUGCAGUACAUUAUGCUGCAAAAUGGGGAUGUCUUAAUAAAUUCGAAACCUUCUUAGAGAAAGGACAAUUUGACAAUCUUCUUAAUAAGAAAGAUAUGGAUGGAAAUACGCCUCUUCAUCUUUUCGCAACAUGUAUUCCUAACCUUGGUCAUGCUUGUCUAGUCCUACUCCCAUUUUUCAUCAGAUCAAACGACCAUAAUCUGGACCUUAUGGUGUUUAAUAAACAAAAACUUACUGUUGGGGAUAUCUUGGCUACUAAAUUUCACAUGUUUCAUCCUGAUCCUAUUAUACAACGACUUAGAAGCUGGAUGGCUCCAAGGGGUAAGAAAGUUAGCACAUAUGAAGAAGAGAUUGAUAUUGAGAAAGCAAAUUCGAAAGCAGAAUCAAAACUUGUGGCACUGAGAAAAGCAGCUCAAGGGCAGUCCUUAGUUGCAACUUUAAUCGCAACAGUAUCUUUUACUGCUGGAUUCACCUUACCAGGUGGAUUCAAUCAAAAUUCUGGAGAUAAAAACAUAGGAAUGGCAGUGCUUCAGAGUAAAUCUUCCUUCAAUAUUUUCUUGAUUUCAGAUGCUAUAGCCUUUACAUGCUCCAGUCUUGCAAUACUCUCCUACUUCACUAUUAUAACUACAGAAUCUACCUGGAGUAUUGAGUCACUCUCGUUUACUGCACUUUUCUUGAACACAGUUGCAUUGGGUGCAUUGAUGUUAGCAUUUACUACUGGUGUGUCUGUUGUUCUAUCUCAAUCACCUCAUCUUGUGUAUGCCUUAUGGGCUAUUCUCAUGCUUUUCUUCACCCAAUACGCCUUGCUAGUUUUUCGAACUGGUCGAGCUGCACUGCGCUUUGCAGCUAGAUGUAGUGCAAGAAAUCAUCAGCUUUUCCAGUAAGAUUGCAAAUUAAUAAUAUGACACUGAGAUGAGACAUUAUAUGAGACAGAGCAUCCAUUACAAAAGGGUAAUAUUACCAUAUCAAUAUGAUCAUUGUAAUUCACCUUAGAGGUAAGUAUGUAUGAUGCUUUCUAUGAGUAAUAGUUGAUCUACAUAUCACGAUUUUGAACUAAGUGGUUUGAUUGUUGUCACAUGUAAUACUGGUUGCUUGUUUGUUGGUUGAGUUUGAUUUUUGAGAUGAAAUUCUUUUGUUUAAGACGAGAUAGCACAUUUUAAUUUGGAUUAUCAGCAUUAUAAGUCGAAUUUCGGUUGAAGAAUGCCAAAAAAAUCAUAAUUAAGUUCCUCAUGAUAGUGAUACCAAGUGAGGCGGGAUUGUAUUUGAAUUAUAAAAUUGAGGAAUGAUAUCAAAUAAUAUUUUUCAUUUCUUUCUA